AUGCCCCAAACAGCGGUGAUAGGGCCGGUAGAGGCGGCGACGUGGCCGCUAGGGGAGGGCAACGGGGCCGCAGGUGACGGUGGCGGGGCCGCAGGUGGCGGCUGUGUGGCCGCAGGUGGCGGCGACGGGGCCGCAGGUGGCGGCGACAGGGCCGCAGGUGGCGGCGACGGGGCCGCAGGUGGGGGCGACGGGGCCGCAGGUGGCGGCGACGGGGCCGCUGGUGGCGGCGACGGGGCCGCAGGUGACGGCUACGGGGCAGCAGGUGGGGGCGACGGGGCCGCAAGUGGCGGCGACAGGGUCGCAGAGGGGCCGCAAGGGGCCUAG